AUGGUUAUAUCAGCCUUCUUUUCUCGUAUUGUUAUUCUUCUAGCAGGAACUCUUUAUCCAGGUUAUCGAAGUUACAAGGCUGUUAGAACUAAAGAUGUAAAAGAAUAUGUAAAAUGGAUGAUGUAUUGGAUUGUUUUUGCAUUGUUCCAUGCUAGUGAAGCUUUGGCUGAUAUUCUUUUGGCUUUUUGGUUCCCCUUCUAUUACGAAUUAAAAAUUGUUUUUGUUGUGUGGUUGCUGAGUCCCUGGACAAAAGGUUCUUCAAUACUUUAUCGAAAAUGGGUUCAUCCAAUGUUGAUGAAACACGAAGGAGAUAUUGAUGUAUUUUUGGAACAGGCUAAAAAUGAGUCGUACAGACAGGUUGUAAACUUGGGAACUCUCGGAUUAUCCUGUGCCCGUGACAUUGUUGCUACUGCUGCUUUAAGAAGUGCACAACUUGGACAAGUUCAACUAGCUGAUUUACAUCGGUCUUUGAGCACUAAAGAAAUAAAAUCAAAAUCCACCACCGAUGUUUGUUUUAUUGAAGAGAGUGAAAAACAGACAAAUAGUUGUAUCCAAGUUUCAAUCAAAGAAAAAACUGUUGUAGAGCAAGAACCAGGAGAUCCAAGCAUUGAAUGGGAAGCAGAAGCUUAGUCUUUUUCAAAAACAAGUUUUUUUUAAUUUUUAAUCUUAAAAAAAUUCAGCAUUUUUAAAACAAAAAAAUUUUUUUUCAAGUGCUGCUAAACCCAACCAAACUUAAAAAAAUUUUAAUUUUUUUCAUUCUGUAAAAUUUUCCAAAAAGAAAAAUUCCUUUUUCCUGUUUGUCUUUUUGACUUGUUUCUCCCUCACUUUGUGUGGUUGGUAAUACUGAAAGGACCCUUUGCUCCUUCCUCUCCCUAUUUCCUACUAUUUAUAUUUCUUUUCCUUUUUCAAUUGUUAGAAACAAAAAGAAGAUCAACUAGGGCGUUUACUAAAUUUGUGUUUUUGCGGAUAAAGCUUGCGGACAAAUUUUUUGACAUGCGGAUUAAUUUUUCGAUUUGGAUCAAUAUUCCUUUUUGUUAAACCAUUUUUUAAAUUUUGAAAAUAAAUUUUCUUCAUUUAAAAAAUUUUCCUCACUGAAAGGAGCUUAAUAAGGAGAGAAGGAAUGUUGAAAAUGGGAGGAUGUCUUUCAGUAAUAUACCUUCCUUUUUUGUUUUAUGUAAUAUUUUAAAUAUUUUACUACUUUGACUAUUAAAAAAAAUUAAUUUUUGUAAAAAUUUAAAAGGUUUUUUUCUAAUUUUUUAAACUAUAUUUAUGCUCAACAUGCAUAAAUACCUCCCUUUAUUUUUAAUUUUUUUUAAAAUUAUCCUCAACAUGGAUAAGAAGUUUAAAAAAAAUUUUUUUUCUGAUUUCCCUUAAGACUGUUCCUCUUUAUGUAUUAUAUAUAUUUUUAAAUAUUAUUUUUCAAUAUAAAAAUUUUUUUCUCGUU